CUUUUGUUCCCUCUUUUUUUUCUUGUAUCCUAAAACGCGCUUCAUAUACAAUAGCCAUGGAACUACCUAGUGUAGAUCCACCUGCUAAAAAAACACUUGAUUCUAUACCUAGAGAUGAAUCAACACGAAGAAAAGUGACCGACAUCAUCGAUCAUCAGUUUGAUUUAGAAAUUUACCUUAAACAAAAGGAAUUAGUCACAAUCAAACAAGAGAUCGCAAAAGCAGAGAGUAUUCUUGCAGACAUUAAGCAAGCGGUUGAAAACGAAACAAUCGCAGCAUCCAUGCCCGAAGCAGCUCAUUAUACCCGACGUUCUGCCAUGUAUUAUCAUGGUGGCUCACAAGCUCUUUUGAAUCAAAACACACCACCACCAACAGCAUCAAAGCGAAAAAUAUAUAGAACAUCAGAUAAAGUCAAAGUGUAUGGUAGACGUCAAGACGGUGUCUAUGUUAGUCUAUCUUGUCCUGCCUGUCAUCGUGAGGAUUUUGCGAAUCAACAAGGCUUUUUGAACCAUUGUAGAAUUUCACAUAAUUUAGAAUUCGGGCCCUAUGAACAAAUUAUGUUGCAGUGUGGUACACCAGUAGAUGAAUCAGAAGUACCUGAAGACCAUCCUGCUCGUUUGAGACCCGUAUUGAACUUAACGCCUGUGCCUAAACAACCACAAAAAAAAAUUGAAAGACCUUCCAUUAAAGUAUUCGAAGAGGAUGUGGAUAUGGAAUUAGACAAUGAAAAGAGAGCAUCUUCAGCUGCAAGGACAACAGAAUACAGUGACUUAAGCAGUAACAUAGAAACAGCAUCCAUUCAUACGC